AUAUUUUACCUAUCUUACAUAGUUUCGAAUUCCAAAAAUCAUCAAUUAUUUAAUUUGAUUAAAUGAAUUGUUUGGCGUAUUUCUGUAAAAUGAAGAUAGAGUAGAAUAUAUAAACUGCAAUCUUAUUUUUUUUUAUAUAAAUCAAACAUCUUUUCUCAAUAUUGAUUUUUGAAAACAAACUUAAUUUUGGGAACGGAAUUUGUAAUUCAAUUUCUGUAGCUGUAAAAUAAAUAUGUACGUUGGAUGUUUUAUGGUGUAUACCAACAUAUACACCAUAAAUUUUGAAUUAUUAGGUACUGAUAAUAUGUGCAUAGUCAAAACAUAAAAAAUCUAAAUCCAAAAUUUAUUCAAAAAAAUCUCCUUAUAAUAAUUGGUUAUAAUACUUAGAGUGUGCCACCCAUGGAAUUAGUAGGUACUCCGUACGAAGUACUUAUUGAUUCAAUGGUGCCACCUGACUACCACGCUCCAUAGUAAAGAUAGGUUCAGUACAGCGGUUCACACAAUGGCGAUCGAUUUUAUGGCAAUUCUUUUUUAUUUAUUUAUUUUUUGCCUAUGCCAGGUGUUACCGAUACAUAAGUCGUUCCCUGCAUUGGUUUAUACUGCGGGCUGGCGGCAAUGCGUAUGCUUUUACUAUACUGGGACACGCGCAAAUAACGCGCCUUAUUUGGUAAUGUUCGCGGUCCUCGAUCGUGAUUGGCGCUCGCAGUCGCUGUGGCCCGUUGAUGGCAUCACGCGUUCCCGCUUCCCGCGCCCGCUCACAGGUCAGUCUGUGUCGUCGUUCGUCUUGUAACAGUCGUGUGUGCUAAGAUAAAUAUUCCGUGAUUGUAAAGUGUUAAGGCUCCUCAUUGUACGAUAAUAAACGCUGUUGUACCUACCUAAGUCCACUAAUCUUUCAUUUCUAACAUCUGGUCCAUUCGAGUCGGACAGUUAAUAUUAAAGUGCAACCGCGUCGCGUUCCGCGUGCCUCAGUCAGGACACCUACCAGUGAACUCGUUUUAUCACAAUGGUGGGAACAAGAAGCACGGCGAGGGAACCACUCGAGGAGCCAUCGUCCAUCACGGAGUCACCCCGACCUAUAGUCACUAGCGUCGGCACUCAAGAUGAAACGCUGCACGACACGGCCGCAGCACUGCCGCCCGGUGGCACUUCGGCACCCGUCGCUCCCGUCACAACUGCGUCCAAUGGGUCGCACGCCACCACGACGGCGGGAGUACCACAGCCAAACGACACCAGCCAGCCGUUGAGAGACCUAACGGCGGCUUUAUUAGAGGUAGUUCGCGGGGUUCGCCCCGCACCCGCGACUCACAGAUGCCUUGGCAAACGGACAUGGAAUCACAGAUGCAAAGGGAAGAAGUGCGAAGCGCAAGGCUGCGAGUACUACCACCACAAGCUGCUGCACGACGACGCAGCGCAGCCAAUGAAGAGUGACAACGGCGUGGUGGCACCACGACAGCGAACGCAAAGCAACAGAGCCGGAGGUCAAGCGACUGUCUUCGAGUCGUGUAGCAACGCGACUACAGCAGCGGCGGGAGCACUGCGUUCGGUGCAAACCUACCUCAAAGUUUUACCAGUUCAAUUAUCGGGACCACAUGGUGAGAUAGAUACUUAUGCCUUAUUAGAUGACGGGUCCACCAUUACAUUGCUGACAUCAAGUCUGGCAGACAAGAUUGGUGUCGCUGGGCCAGCAGCACCUUUUGUCAUAGAGGCCAUAGCAGGAGCGCACAUCGACGCUGUUAGCUCCCAGCAAGUAAAGUUCUCCAUUAAAGGUAAGUACACAAAUAAUAAAAUUAAUAUCGAGGCACGUACCAUAGAUAGUUUGAACAUUUCCCCCCAGUCUGUGCCAACCGAAGCCCUAGCUCAUUGUGAACAUCUACAAGACAUUAGUGACCAACUUGUCUAUGCAACAGCGGAACCACUUAUACUAAUAGGACAAGACAAUUGGUCCCUGCUCAUUGCAUCUGAGGUACGACGUGGUAAGCUAGAACAGCCAGUGGCGUCGCACACACCUCUCGGCUGGGUAUUACACGGACAAAAAAGAGUAUGUCCCUACGGUCGCGGUGGCUACAUGCUGCAAGAGCGUUUUCAUUGCAGCCAUGCACAUACGAAAGACGAAGCCCUUGAACAAUUAAUAAAGGAGCACUACGAUUUGGAGUCAUUGGGAGUAGAGCCGCGCCGACCUCAAGCUGACCCUGAAAUCCGCGCAUUGCAAAUAUUGCAGAAAACAGCCAAACCGCUAACCGGCUAUGGGUUGCUAUGA